CGGGAAGGGCGCCCGCACACACCUCCCGGAGCCGCCGCCGCGCUCGCCGCCCGCGCUCCGCAGUCUCUGCCCGCAGUCGCCGCGCCUUCCAUGGGGGUCGCGGGCCUUGGCUGCCCCUGGGCGGCCCGGGCGCUGCUGCCGCUGCUGCUACCGCUGCUGCUGACGGCGGCUGUCCCGCCCGGUUGGGGCCGCGCCACGGGGCCGCCAGAGGAUGUGGACGAGUGUGCCCAGGGGCUAGACGACUGCCACACCAAUGCCCUGUGUCAGAACACACCCACCUCCUACAAGUGCUCCUGCAGGCCUGGCUACCAAGGGGAGGGCAGGCAGUGUGAGGAUAUUGAUGAAUGUGAAAAUGAACUCAAUGGAGGCUGUGUCCAUGACUGUUUGAACAUUCCCGGCAAUUAUCGCUGCACUUGUUUUGAUGGCUUCAUGUUGGCUCAUGACGGUCAUAAUUGUCUUGAUGUGGACGAGUGCCUGGAGAACAAUGGCGGCUGCCAGCACACCUGUGUCAACGUCAUGGGAAGCUACGAGUGCCGCUGCAAGGAGGGCUUUUUCCUGAGUGACAAUCAGCACACGUGCAUUCACCGCUCAGAAGAGGGUCUGAGCUGCAUGAAUAAGAAUCACGGCUGUAGUCACAUCUGCAAGGAGGCCCCGAGGGGCAGCGUUGCCUGCGAGUGCAGGCCUGGUUUUGAGCUGGCCAAGAACCAGAGAGACUGCACCUUGACCUGUAACCAUGGAAACGGCGGAUGCCAUCACUCCUGUGAGGACACUGCUGCAGGCCCAGAGUGUAGCUGCCAUCCCCAGUACAAGAUGCACACGGAUGGAAGGAGCUGCCUUGAGCGAGAGGACGCUGCCCUGGAGGUGAUGGAGAGCAAUGCCACAUCCAUGGCAGAUGGGGAUAAACGGGUGAAACGGCGGCUGCUCAUGGAAACAUGUGCUGUCAACAACGGAGGCUGUGAUCGCACCUGUAAGGAUACUUCGACAGGUGUUCAUUGCAGUUGUCCCGUCGGAUUCAGUCUCCAGUUGGAUGGGAAGACCUGUAAAGAUAUUGAUGAGUGCCAGACGCGCAAUGGAGGUUGCGAUCAUUUCUGCAAAAACACCGUGGGCAGUUUUGACUGCAGCUGCAAAAAGGGAUUUAAAUUAUUAACAGAUGAGAAGUCUUGCCAAGAUGUGGAUGAAUGCUCUUUGGAUAGGACCUGUGACCACAGCUGCAUCAACCACCCUGGCACGUUUGCAUGUGCUUGCAACAAAGGGUACACCCUCUAUGGCUUUACCCACUGUGGAGACACGAAUGAGUGCAGCGUCAACAACGGAGGCUGUCAGCAGGUCUGCGUGAACACCGUGGGCAGCUACGAAUGCCGGUGCCACUCUGCGCACAAGCUCCACUGGAAUAAAAAAGACUGUGUGGAAGUGGAGGGGGUCCUGCCCACUAGCGUAUCACCCCACGUGUCCCUGCAGUGUGGUAAGAGUGGUGGAGGAGACAGGUGCUUCCUCAGAUGUUUCUCUGGCAUUCACCUCUCUUCAGGACUGCAAGAGGCCUAUUCUGUCACCUGCGGCUCUUCCUCUCCUCUCAGGAGCAAACAGCAAAAAUCAAAUGACUCUGCUUUUGGGGGUAACAUCUCUCACUUGUUUCUUUCUGAAGAUGUCGCCACCGUCAGGACAAGUGUAACCUUUAAGCUAAAUGAAGGCAAGUGUAGUUUGAAAAAGGCUGAUCUGUUUCCCGAGGGUCUGCGACCAGUACUACCAGAGAAGCACAGCUCAGUAAAAGAGAGCUUCCGCUACGCAAACCUUACAUGCAGCUCUGGCAAGCAAGUCCCGGGAGCCCCCGGACGACCGAGCACCCCUAAGGAAAUGUUUAUCACUGUUGAGUUUGAGCUUGAAACUAACCAAAAGGAGGUGACAGCCUCUUGUGAUCCGAGUUGCAUCAUAAAGCGAACAGAGAAGCGGCUCCGGAAGGCCAUCCGCACGCUCCGGAAGGCUGCCCACAGGGAGCAGUUUCACCUCCAGCUCUCAGGCGUGGACCUCGAAGUGGCUAAAAAGUCUCCCCAAACAUCUGAACACUGGGCGGAGUCCUGUGGAGUGGGUCAGGGCCAUGUAGGAAACCAAUGUGUCAGUUGCAGGGCUGGAACAUACUACGAUGGAGUACAAGAACGCUGCAUUUUAUGUCCAAAUGGAACCUUCCAAAAUGAGGAGGGGCAAAUCACAUGCGAACCAUGCCCAAGACCAGAAAAUCCUGGGGCCCUGGAGACUCCAGAAGCUUGGAAUGCAUCUGAAUGUGGAGGUCUGUGCCAACCUGGUGAAUAUUCCGCGGAUGGCUUUGCACCCUGCCAGCUCUGUGCCCUGGGCACAUUCCAGCCUGAAGCUGGCCGUACUUCCUGCUUUCCCUGUGGAGGAGGCCUCCUCACCAAACACCUGGGAGCCACUUCCUUCCAGGACUGUGAAACCAGAGUUCAAUGUUCACCUGGACAUUUCUACAACACCACCACUCACCGAUGUAUUCGCUGCCCAGCAGGAACAUACCAGCCAGAAAUUGGAAAGAAUAAUUGUGUUUCCUGCCCAGGAAAUACCACGACUGACUUUGAUGGCUCCACAAACAUAACCCAGUGUAAAAACAGAAGAUGUGGAGGGGAGCUAGGUGAUUUCACUGGAUACAUCGAAUCCCCAAACUACCCAGGCAAUUACCCUGCCAACACAGAAUGUACCUGGACCAUCAACCCACCCCCCAAGCGCCGCAUCUUGAUUGUGGUCCCUGAGAUCUUCCUGCCCAUAGAGGAUGACUGUGGAGACUACCUGGUGAUGCGGAAAACUGCUUCGUCCAAUUCUGUGACAACGUAUGAAACCUGCCAGACCUACGAACGCCCCAUCGCCUUCACCUCUAGAUCCAAGAAGCUGUGGAUUCAGUUUAAGUCCAAUGAAGGGAACAGCGCCAGAGGGUUCCAGGUCCCAUAUGUGACAUACGAUGAGGACUACCAGGAACUCAUUGAAGACAUAGUUCGAGAUGGCAGGCUCUACGCAUCAGAGAACCAUCAGGAAAUACUGAAGGAUAAGAAACUGAUCAAGGCUCUGUUUGACGUUCUGGCCCACCCCCAGAACUAUUUCAAGUACACAGCCCAGGAGUCCCGGGAAAUGUUUCCAAGAUCCUUCAUCCGAUUGCUCCGUUCCAAAGUGUCCAGGUUUCUGAGACCUUACAAAUGAGCCUGCCCACGUGCCACUCAGCACAGCAUUGGGCUGUGGGCUGGUGGAACACAGCGAUCUACUUCUGCAGCCAGCAUAGCCGGAUAACGCUGCCUCUAGUAGCAGUGCCUGGUUAGAGUUCAAUUUUUAUAGAUAAUACAGAUAUUUUGGUAAAUUGAACUUGGUUUUUCUUUCCCAGCAUUGUGGAUGUGGACUGAGAACGGCUUUGAGUCUUAUUCGCUUCUCAUUGCUGUGGGCACAUGUCUUGGAUAUGUCAAGGGCUGGCUGAGCGGGACUUCAGUCAGCUCAGGUGAGAUGCACGUGUGCUUCUUGGUCCUCACUCCUCCUUGAGGGGGCUGCCUUGUCUGAGACUUCAGCUUCUUCCAGCAUAGUCCUCCCUAAGGGAGCCCUCUGCAUUCAGGUGUCGGCUCCGACCAGGCAGAGCAGGAAAGGGGGGAGGGAGGGAGGGAGAGUCCUCCAGGCAUCAUCUACCCACCCGGGACCUGGGAGGACUCGGUGACUCCACAGCCUUCUCCAGCCUGUGUGACCUAAGUUUGAUCCCAGAAGCUUGAGUCCUAAGCAGUGAUCACUAGAAAUUACUUACAGCAGAAAGAAUUAGAAAUAAAAAGGUAGAAACUAAGCACUUCCACAGACAUCGUAAUGUAGACCUAUCGAUGGCCUUCCCUGUUGCCAGUUUCCACCUCAGAGCAAAUGCACAGUGCUUGUCUUACACCUUCAGCUGUGCCCUCAGGGCAGCACUCUUCUGGGUGCUGCAGUAGAGCCUGGAGAGUUCAGAUAGGAUGUGAUCUCCUCGAUGGAUGAGAAUCCAUCCAUCAUGAAAAGGAGAUUUCACACACCCCGAGUCAAUACCGCCAAGGGUUCUCCUUCCUCCGUGGGCUUCCCAGCACAGGGCGUGCGAGGUCCAGGUGCGACGUGGUACAGACCAGCCUGUCAUGUUUGCCUUCCUUCCCCUCGCCAAGUUCAGAGCCUGACUGGGGUCUAGGGGCACAGGCUGCACGGCUCAGGGUGGUCUCAGGCCCUUAAUGGUCACCCACUGCCGGAAGCACACAAAUCCCGGCCUCUUAGUACCGCAGAAUCAUCUCAUUUUCUCUCGGCACAGUGGGACCUCACAGUCACUUUCUCCCACAGGAAUUUGAUUUUUCAAUAUUAUUAAAUUUUUAAAAAUUGAAAUCUAUAGGCAAAAAUCUCAUUACAGUGAAUAAAAAAGACUUCUAUCAAACAAGCUGCCAUUUCCCUAAUGAAUGGGCUGACUACACACAACCAUAGUGUUUUAUUUCAGUAGCAAACUAACUCUGCACACAAUCAAUUCUCUACACCAAAGUACCAAAAGAAAAAAAAGAUUAACAAACAUUUUUGAAGAAAACAAAGAUUAUUUCAUUUAUUGUUGAAUUCUCUUUUCACCUCAAUGUUUUGUUUUUUAACCCAUUAAUAACAUUGAGUUUUUAAAAGCCCAAUCAAACUUCAAAAAAUUUAUUUGGAUGAUCCUAAAUACCCAUUUCUAAGUCUCUCUUCAAAAAUUUGAGCAUCUUCGUUUUAAAAAAUAAUCAUUAAUACAAGUACUUGGAAUUGGUGAUGCCGGAACUUGGCUUACAUUUCUGAGUCUGACCCUAAGAUGAAAAUUCAAAUGUAAUACAAUGUGAGUUAAUGACCUGACCGAUGGCAGCAGAACUGCGCCACCCCGUCCAAGCAUGUUAGUAACUUUGUCCUUAGGACUGUCUGAUUCUGUAUUGCUGGUUUCACAAGAAGGCUAGGGAUGGCAGUACACUGGGGGUUGGAAGGAGGCUGCAUAAACCUGGUCUCUGUGAAGCAUCCUUCAGGAGCUGGGCCAUGCAUGAGCCACUGAAGCCCUCCUGAAGCUUCCUCUCUAUACCCAUCAACCACUCUGAGAGACUCUGUGGUCCUGUUGGAAGACUGGAUGGCAGGGGCUACUGUUGCUACCUGUUAAAUCAGUAAAUAGUUAUCAAACAUCUGCUCUUUGCCAGGCACUGUUCUAGGUCCUAGGGAUGCACAGUGACAGGACAGACAAGGUCUUGUCAUUUUAGAGUUUACAUUUUAGAGGGAGGAGACAAUGAACAAAUCAACACGGAAAGUAUCAACUAGUAGUAAGUGCUAUGUUGAAAAUUAAAAUAGGUUAAUAUAACAGAUGAUGGUGUGGCUUCUUUAGGUUUGGGAAUUGCGGAGGUUCCUCUAGGUAAACGGUAUUUCAACUGAAAAAUAAAUGGCAAGAAGGAACCAGCCUUGGACAAAUCGGGGGAAGAACAUUCCAGAUAGAGGAAUGCCAGGUGCAAAGGCUAUCAGGCAGCAACAAGCGUGUGUGUGGAUCAUAGACUAGUGAGAAGGCAAGUGGUAUGAGAUGAGGCCAGGGAACUGGACAGGGGCCAGAGCACACUGGGCUCUGGAAUUCAGCAUGAGGGUUGUGGGUUUAAUUCUAAAUAUGUCGUGCAGCUUUUGGAGGGGGUUUAAACAGAAGAGUGAGGUGACCUGAUUUCUGUUUUUAAAAGAUAGCUCUGGUUACUGUAUGAAGAAUAGGUUUUAGAAAGCAGGCACGGAGGCAGAGAACAGUUAACAAACUACUGCAACCAACCAAGCAGCCAUCCAGUGAGAGAUGAGGUUGUCUGGGUAAGGCGGGAGUAGUGGAGAGGAGAGAACAGAAGGAUUCUGGACAUGUUUUGGGAGAGAGUCACCAGAACUUGCUGGUGAUUGGGUGGAAGGGGAAGGGAAGGACAGCAACUGAAGGUGACCCCUAGUUGUCUGAAUAACUGGUAGAUGGAGAAGACUGCAGGAGGAGCAGGUUUGGGACAUGUGACAAUCUAAAAACCUGUCUACAAAUUCUUUGAUGCUCCUUCCAUGCAAAGUUGGGGGCCUUUUGCCCCUCCCCUUGAACCUGGGAUCUGUGACUGAUUAACCAAUCUUAUAUGGCAGAAGUAACAUUUUACUAGUUCCUGGGCCCAGGACUUAAGAUACUGGCAAUUUCCACUUCGGCUCCUUGGGAAACUCACUGGGACUUCAGUCACCAUGCCUUGAGGAAGCCAUAGCAGCUCGUGAAGAGAAACCAAGCCCUCCCCACCUCCCCACCUCCCCACAACCCAGCUGACUCCCAGGUGACAGCUAGCAAAACUUGCCAGCUAACCUUAGAAAUGGAUUCUCCAGCUGAUGCUUCACUGAGCAGUCCCCGUUGAGCCAUACCAAAAUGACAGACUUGUGAGCAAAAUCAAUGAUUAUUGUUGUUUUAGUCAUUAGGCUUUGGGUGCUUUCUUAUGCAAUGAUAAGACACUGGAAAAGAAGAGAAGAUCAAGAGUUUAAUUUUGGCCAUUCUAAGUAUGACAUGACUAUUAGUAUCCAAAUAAAGAUUUCAAAUAGGCAACUGGUUCUAUGAAGUCCCAGGAGCGCUCAGGGCUGGAAUAUUAAUUUUAAUGUCACAGAAUAAAGAAUGAGAUGGGUUGAGGUCACCUGGGAAAAGUAGGUAGAUAAAAGAAGACCAGUCAACUCUGAACUCUGGGGGAGCUGUUGAUAAAGUAAACAGGAAGAGGUCAGAGCUGAGCUUUGCCUUCCUUCCGCGAGAACAAGUUUUGUGGUAGAACUCUGAGUGGGAGAGGAAUCUGUACAUGUCCUUCCCUCCAGCUGUGGAUAUUGUUCUUGAGCCAUUUACUGAAGUGCUGCUUUUAUGGCUUCAGCCACGUUUCCCUUGAGCUUCCAAUGCUAAUAAAAGAGUGCUUGCCUUUUCACA